AUGGCAUCGUUUCCAGCUCCUGUCCUGCCUGGGCCUCUGUGGCUGCUGUCCCUAGUGUCCCUCGGUGCCCAGGGGAGGCUCCUGAGCUCUCCAAGUUUUCAGAAUGCACAUGAUUCCUGUCUGUUCCCUUCCUUUCCAGAGAAGAGGACAACAGACAAGGUGAUUGCUGGAAUGCAUGACAUGAACUCUUAUAGAGAAAAGGUCCAAGUUCUGAGGAUUGCCAAGGUCUUCAACUACAAAAAUUUUGACAGUGGCACUCUUAGCAAUGACAUUACCCUGUUGAAAUUGGCCACACCUGCCCGCUUCCAGAAGAAUGUGUCACCUGUCUGCCUGCCCAGUGCCAGCGAUGACUUCCCCGAAGACACUACCUGUGUUACAACUGGCUGGGGCAGGACCAAGUACUAUGCCAGCAGACUCCCAAACAUCCUCCAACAGGCAGAGGUGCCCCUGCUAUCCAAUACUAACUGCAAGAACUACUUUGAGACUAUCGUCAAGGACACCAUGAUCUGUGCUGGAGCCAAUGGCAUUUCUUCCUGCAUGGGUGACUCCGGUGGACCCCUUGUCUGCAAGAAAAACGGCACCUGGACCCUGGUUGGUAUUACCUCCUGGGCAAGUACUAAGUGUACCACCCACCCCUUGAUUACCCCGGAAGGAGUCCUGAGAUUCAUCUCCUUUAUCCGGAAAAUCCUGUACAACUGGGCCAUUUCCCCAUAA